AUGGGCCGCUACACGACGAUUCAAACAUUAAGUGAUCAGGACGCACAAGGCGCUGCUUUACCUUAUACAUCAGUGGUCACACCAUUGGAAUCUUCUAAAGAUGUUGCGGAUGGUGUUAGCGAGAUGAAGGACACGAAGCUUCGUGUCAACCGAGUAGAAAAUGUAUCAGGCAGUGGAGCAGGUGCUGGAAGUGGUGAAUUCCACACGUAUCGUGCUGCUAGAAGACGAGAGAUGGAGCGCGUGGAGAUGCUGGAGACGCGCUACAAGCAGAACAAAGCCCAGCAGGAAUUUCAGGCUAUGCGCAAGCGCAAGGUUGAAGAAUUUGAGGCCAAAAUACAGAAGCGCGCAGAAAAACGUCGGCGACGCAAGGAACGGUUCAAGAUGAAAGCUUUGGAUGCAGUUCAAGAGGAGCAGAAUGCGAACGAGAAGGAGAAAGAGGAUAGUGUGAAAAAGGAGGAGCAGGUACCGGAGACUCCAGGUGGUGUGGCGGAGGUUCCUAAUGACGGAAGCUUUUUGGAGAAAAUGCUGGCCUUGCAGAAGGAACAAGAAAAAAGCAAGGAGAAGUGA